AUGGCCCACCUUAGCAGCGGGAAGCCCGGUGGUGACGUCAUGGGUUAUGUCCUCUUCGCCGACAGCACCGUGUGCUUCCUCCUCGCACUGAGCCUGCUUUACUCCAGGCGGAAACUCUGGAUUUCCGGCUUUCACCCGACCUACGUGACCUGCUCUGAUGAUGAGCGGCUCCGUUUUUGGGGGUGA